ACCCCUCUCUCUGUCGAGCUGUAUAAGAGUCUCGAGAAGUCCCUCAGUCUUGUAGUCUUCUUAUCGCGUCUCUCGUAUUUACGGUGUUUUUUUGGUUUUUGUUGUUGUUGUUUUUAACCCUGUUGUCCCUCUCAGGCACCAUUGAGCCUCCGGAGCAGCCCAGAAUGCCGAACAUUAAGAUUUUCAGCGGGAGCUCGCAUCCGGAUUUAUCUCAGAAGAUUGCUGAUCGCUUGGGGCUGGAGCUCGGAAAGGUGGUGACGAAAAAAUUUAGCAACCAGGAGACAUGCGUAGAGAUCGGGGAGAGUGUUCGUGGAGAAGAUGUGUACAUUAUCCAGAGUGGGUGUGGUGAGAUAAAUGACAAUUUGAUGGAGUUGUUAAUCAUGAUAAACGCGUGUAAAAUAGCCUCAGCGUCUAGAGUGACAGCCGUCAUCCCCUGCUUCCCCUACGCGCGCCAGGACAAGAAGGAUAAGGUGGGGAGUCGUGCCCCUAUCUCUGCUAAGCUGGUAGCAAAUAUGCUCUCUGUAGCAGGAGCAGAUCACAUCAUAACCAUGGACCUACACGCAUCCCAAAUACAGGGCUUUUUCGACAUCCCUGUAGACAAUCUGUACGCUGAGCCGGCCGUUCUCAAGUGGAUCAAAGAAAAUAUAAACGACUGGAAAAACUGCACCGUCGUUUCUCCAGAUGCUGGUGGAGCUAAGAGGUGUGGAGGGGUGACCUCCAUAGCAGAUCGUCUGAACGUGGACUUUGCCCUGAUCCAUAAAGAGAGGAAGAAGGCGAACGAAGUGGAUCGUAUGGUUCUGGUCGGGGACGUCAAAGACAGAGUCGCCAUCUUAGUGGACGACAUGGCGGACACGUGUGGGACAAUCUGCCAUGCUGCCGAGAAGUUAGUGUCUGCUGGUGCGACUAAAGUCUACGCCAUCCUGACACACGGGAUCUUCUCAGGCCCUGCCAUCUCUCGCAUAAACAAUGCCAACUUUGAGGCCGUGGUCGUGACCAACACGAUUCCUCAAGAGGACAAGAUCACACAAUGUGACAAGAUCCAGGUGAAUGACAUCUCAAUGAUUUUGGCUGAAGCGAUCAGACGAACCCACAACGGAGAGUCGGUGUCCUACCUGUUCAGUCACGUACCUCUAUAACACUAACACACACGCACACACAUACACACACACACACACACACACACACACAUAUAAGAUAAGACAUACCUUUAUUCGUCCCACAAUGGGGAAAUUUCUCUGUUACAGCAGCGCAAAUAUAUAUAUAUAAAGAAUAAAUACACUUCUUUGUCAGCAUUUAAAUAUGACACACAUAUAUUAACCGAUGACAUAAUGACUAUCCUCCUCACACACACUCUGGUGUCGUCCGUCUGUAAACGUGUCCAUCACCUUCUCGAGCAGACGUCGGCUUUAUUAAGUAGUUUAUAACGUUUUGUACCUUCAUGUUCUGAUGUGACAUCUUCCCGACGAACACAACUCCACAUAGCAGCCGUUAAAUCAUUUAUUUUAGCGAUGUCUGUAGUUUAAAUCGAAUACAUUUAUUUAAUUUAUUUUGAACUCUAGUUUCAGCUUGGAACAUUGGGGGGUGGGGGGUGGAGCCAUGGUGGGUGGAGCCACGGUGGGUGGAGUUAUAGCACAAGUAAACCUGUUCAUUUUUUUUAAUUCAUAACAUUAGAAAUGUUCUAUUUUUGUAUGAAUAAGGUUUAGUUCAAUGUUUUAUUUGUCUUUUAUGUUUACAUUCUGUUCCAAAGUGAAUCUGUAUGUUCACAAGUGCCUUUUGCUGAUCUCACACACACACACACACACACACACACACACACACACACACACACACA